AUGCUGGGCUUGAGACCUGCCGACAUGGCCACGUCUGGCAGUGAUUUGGUGAAGGACAUGCGUCACAUCCAUGAGUUUCUUGACGCGCAGAAGAAGCUGGUGAGCGCUGAGACCAUGGGGAAGAUGCAAGAUGGCCAGGCACACAGUUUUGCAAGGCAGCUGGAGAACAGCAGGCUGUCACUUGCAGAUGCAGCCGCGCUUGCCAGCACGGUGGCUGAAGGCCCCUGGACAGCGUUGCAGGCGGCAAUGCUGGGCGAGAGAAUCAGCGCAGCGGCUGCGAGCGGUGUGACGGAGAGGCCUUCACGCCGACCCUUGCAGACGGUUCAAGGCUUCGCGUCCUUCCUGACGCAGAGCGACAUAGACAUGCUUGAAGACCAAGGUGUGCACAGCAGCGUGAAGUUGCAGUGCGUUGUGAGCCGAUGUCAUGGCGAGGAGCCCAGCAACCUUGGCGGAGACAUGGGGCUGUCAACUGGCAGCGUCCCGUGUCGCAAGACGUCCAAGUUGGUCCGGGGCGACAGCGACUUGAGCCAGCAGUCUGCAGCGCCCAUGAUGCAGAUGCAGCAGCUCAUGGCCCAAAUGAUGCAUCAUGUUAUGAUGCAACAGAGCGGAGCGCCAAGUGGAGCGCCAGGCGCCAGCCUUGCCAACUUACAUGUCUUCAAGCUGAACAGGAGCAACAAGGCCUUAAGGAGCAUCGCUGAGGAGCCCAGCGCGCAGUCACAGGCGAGCGCACGUGCCCAGCCGGAGCUGCAGGCGAGCGCAAGUUCCCAGCCGGAGCUGCAGGCGAGCACACGUGCCCAGCCAUGGUUGCAGGCGAGCACAAGUGCCCAGCCAGAGUUGCAGGCGAGCGCAAGUGCCCAGCCGGCGGGACUGGCUAAUCCGCUUUUCGACCUGGAUGUGCCAGCCAAGCCGAACAAUUUCCGACCGGAGCAGCAGUUCCAGAUCAUGAACGAGGCCUUCGACAGAAGGUCUGCCGCCAAUAGGGAGAACUCUGGUGGCCCUGCAGGAGAAGAUGGCUCCAAGAAGCCAGCGCCCAAGGGAAAAGCAAAGGCCAAAGCGAAGGCCAAGUCGAAGGCAGCAGCGAAGUGCACACCGAUGAAAGUUGCCAAGCCGCAGCUGAAGCCAGCUGCGAAAUCCACGCCGCCGAAGGUUCCCGGGCCGCGGAAGGCGGGCGAGGGCACCUUCUUCUGGAAGGACGGGAAGAUUCACAGGCUGGGCUGUCAGCCCGCCGGCUACGCCAUGUUGCGGUCAUUGGGAAGGCAUGACACCCCGUUUGGGAAGGUGCUGCUGACACAUGAAGCUCAGCUGGCGCCAGAGACCGCGAGCAGCGAGCCAGAGAUGGCCCAGCUUACGUCCGACAUAGUCAGAAGGCUGCCCGGGAAAAUGUCGGAGUAUUUCAAGCUGGCGAUGCGCAAUUUCUUUGCGCCGACCGACAUCAGGAACGGCAUGCUGAUCAUGCUUCCAGACUCUGAGCGCAAGGUGCUGUUUGGCGAUCUCAGCAUAGUGCUAGGCGACGAAGCAGCACUGAAGGACAUCCUUGACAUGAAGGGUGCUUCGGGCACCCUCCCAUGCCCCCUGUGUCGCAACCUGGUGAGUCACAGGUCAGACUUGGCAAGCUUUGACACCACUGGAAGCAUGGUUGAUUCAACGAACCUGGACCUUUCACUUGUAGAAUUCCACAGCGAUGCAUCUAUUCGGGACAUCAUGAGGUUUCUGAAGGAGAAAAAGGACUCUUGUACAAAAAACGAUUUCCAGAAGACGCAACAGUUUACAGGGUGGAAUUACAAUGAGCGGGGCGCCCUCUUGUGCCAGUUGAUUGAUCUGAAGCCUGCAUCCAGCCUCAUGUGGGACUGGAUGCACACGUAUGUGUCCAACGGGGUGUGGAAUGUGGAGGUGGGGCUUUUGCUUUCCAAGCUCAAGGUGCACGGCUUGUCCCAGCAAGAUCUUCACAAAGAGCUACAAACCUUCGUGUGGCUGAUGCUGACCCUUUGCAGUGCGGAUUGA